UUGUUCAAUGAUUACACUCCGUCGCGCAUCUGGAGACAACCCCCGAGCGAGGAAGUCGACAAGGCGUGGGACGACGUAGCGCGCAUCGAAUACUUCGGCGUCAGCGGCGACGCUCUGCGAAAGAUGGGCAAAGACCCGGAGAUAUCCGUCGCCAUUCCGGAGGACUGGGGUGUCGGCCCUGACAAGUACCUCGUCGAGAUUGACAUGCAGCACCAGCUACAUUGCCUGAACGCUCUGCGGAAGUACGCAUACUGGGACUAUUACUACGGAAACUCCUCAAUGGCCCCGAAAAGACACCAGGCGCACCUGGCGCACUGCGUCGACAUCCUGCUGCAGUCUCUGACUUGCAAUCCAAGCCUGGACUUGAUCUCCCACAACUGGAUGAAAACGCAGGCGAAUCCCUACCCGGACUUCAACAUCAAGAGGCAGUGCGUGGCCCACGACCCCAUUCUGGAGUGGCAGCACAAGAACGGGAUAUCAGAGCAGAUUUUGAAGUUCAAGAACCUGCCCAGGCCGGAGAACUUUCCUGAAGUUGAGCCCGAGCCUUCUAUUUUGUUGAUCGGAGAGGACUUGGGGCACCACGAGUAA